AAGAAGUGUGAACUUGAACGCCGCCUUCACCGCUCACUUUGAGUCCAGCAGGCAGAGGGAGGAGAAGUGGGGUCACUUAACUCCCGUCGUCCGUGUCCGUCUUCUUCGCUCUGGUUUCGGGUAGUUUAUCGGAGGAGCACAGCGGCCGGACGGUGUUCCGCUCCGGGAGCGUUUGUAAUCUCUCACAUUUAGACCCGGAAAGCUGCCAGACGCGGAGCGCAGCGCACGACACGAUGUCCAGGCGCAAACUUGGGAGCAGACCGCAGCACCUGAGUGUGUUUCAAGAUGCCACUGAAAUGAACAUGGACGGCACUGGCUCCUACGACAGCCACGCUCCUCUUGCUCCACAGGACCAAGCUCCUAAUGAGGGUCGUGACCUCCUGACCUGUGGCCAGUGCAGCCAGGCCUUCCCUCUCUCCCACAUCCUGGCAUUUAUCCAGCACAAGCAGGGUGGGUGCCGCUCCCAAAGCCAAGCAGCAAACACCGGCACCACACCCCCCUCACCUGCCAACCGAGCACAGCAGCAUGUCUCAAAUGCCAAGCUGGGGCCAGGCUUCAUUGAGCUGAGGAGAGGGGCAACCAGGGACAGAGCGUGGGGGGAGGAGUCCACUGUGAAGGUGAAGGAGGAGCCCAGAAAAGCAGUGCCAGAAGAACCGACCUAUUUCACCUGCCAGCAGUGUGAACGCAUGUUUCCUUCCGCAUGGAUGCUCUUACAGCACGCUCAGCACGCACAUUCCUUCAGCAUCUACCAAGAGGACAUGGAGGUUCCUGCAGAUAUAAGAGACGAAGAAGGUGUUAAAGAGCACAAAGUGGCUGCAGCCACUCUGGACCCACGCCACCUGAGCCAAGCACUUGCCACAGCCUUUCAGCCCUCUCGACUGAGUCGCUCCCGUCGGACACACACCAUCACCUCCUCCUCCAGGAACACACAGGCAAUGAACUUUUCAGUGCGACUCAGGGAGCUCGCAGAGGGGAAUAAUAACACCAAUGGCAGCUCACCUGUAGGCGUCAUGCCAUCUCCAUCCUCUUCUCCGCCAGCAGCUUCUCCCUUUCCUCAGACUGGCUCCGACAUCCACUGUGAGCCGUGUGACCAGGACUUUAAGUCCCUGCAUGCUCUGUCAGCCCACCGCCGGACACAUGCCUGUGAGAGGCCCUAUCACUGCGGAGUAUGUGGGCAGGCUUUCGCCCAGAGUGGCCAGCUUGCCCGUCACAUAAGGAGCCAUCACCGGCAGGUUGGAGGUGGAGGAAGUGGAUAUGAGUCGGUGGAGAUGGCUGUGAUGGAGGAGGAUGUAGGAAAGCAGGGGAUGAGAGGGAUUCAAAUACAGCCAGCUGCAAAUAUGGUAAAAGGAAAGGUUAGUGCAGACAUGAGGGCCCAGGGCCCCUUAGAGCUGGACUUCACGCACCCCUCUGUAGCUUCAAGCCUGAUGCUGCUGACCUCACAGGUUAGACCAACAGACAGAGAGUUGCUGAGGCUGUACCAACGCCAGAGAGAGGUGGGUGUGGAAAAGGAGGAUGAGGCAGAGGGGCAGACAGAGCCUCAGCUCACCCCACCCUGCGCCAGCCCGUCCGAAGGCUCACUGGAGAGCGGAGAGACGGGCGGCAGUGGUGAGAGCGGUAUCGCUAGUGGCAAUUGCACACCCAAACGCCCAGAGAUGGGUGACCGAGUGCGAGGAGUCGGAGAGUGGGAGAAUGAGAGCGAUGUCAUUGAGAGGGAGAAAGACUGGAGCUCGGCCAAAGUCAGUGAGGUCGUGCAGGAGUGGCAAAGGGAUAAUGAGCGGAGGAGUGUAGUAGGAGGUGGUGUUAGCGGCGCUGGAAACAAUAGUAAUACUACUGCUGGCUCUGCAGGGAAGAAAAAGAAAGAUGAGGCCUGUGAGUUCUGUGGUAAACAGUUCAGAAAUAGCAGCAACCUGACUGUGCACCGCCGCAGCCACACAGGUGAACGACCCUACCGCUGUGGCCUGUGUAACUACGCCUGCGCUCAGAGCUCAAAGUUAACACGUCACAUGAAGACACACGGUGCUCAGGGAGUUAAGGCUCCCUUCUUUUGCCAGCUGUGCGGGGUACCUUUCACCGUCUAUGCCACUCUAGAGAAACACCUGAAGAAAGUUCACGGCCUGAGCCACGCCAGUGUAGGAGCGUACACACAAUCCAGUGCGGUAGACAAUUUUGCUGCUAUCAAAACCGAAGAAGCAGUGGGCGUGAAGAUGGAGGAUGAAGCCAGUUUGGAUCCGACAGAAAUGGAGAUUAACGUGGAGAAAAGCACGGAGCAUGAAGCGAGCCAGGGCCCAACAGAAUAUAUAGAGAGCAGAGGGAGUCCAGUCAUCGUGGACAGUCUCUUCCCACCUGAGAGCAGUGCGGAAGUGAGCUCAGCUUUGACUUGUGCUCCAUGAGAGCCACAUCGCAGACUUAACUCACCCUUCAAAUCAAAAUAACUCAUUCCAGCCCGGAACUGAUUGUCACGUCAUAUGGAGUUAUGACAAAGCAGCGGGGAGGCUCGUCCUCGUCUGCUCAGGCACACAGCAGCAACUCUGUUCACAACUGGAGGCGGAGCUGUCAGCUCAAUGUAGGUGUCUACAGUUGAUUCAGACCACAGAGAAAAACAAGGCCAUGACAUUCAGCAGGGAGAUUACCCGAGCUGUUGAACAGGAAGUGAACUGCCACAGUCCACACCGACACAGGAAACUGAUCACCAUGUUGCAGUGCAGGAUGCAAAAGAUGAGUGAUUUAUCUCUCUGGUGACCCACUGGACAGGUGGAGGCGAAUAAUAACUGCCAGAUAAUGCAAAGAACAGAUUCUAUCAAAUAAAUAAAAACCUUAGCAGUAGAACGAUGUUAAUAUAUUUUCAGUGUCAACAGUCCAAGAGAGGGACGAUAUUGUGCUACCUUGCCAUUUUCUUCACAGACGACCUUUUAAAGGCUAAAGAUGUGUUAAACAGACACAGGGGUGAAAUGAAUCCAAACAAUGUCCGCCUGCAGUUUCUCAGACUCCUCCUGUUAAAGGCGCUUGGCUGUCACAACACAUGUCACUUAACAUAAUGUUUACAGGGCUCACAGGGCCAAGCAAGGUUGUGUUCUGAUGUUGUACGAUGUUGUAUGGAUGAUUUUCUGUUUUCUUUUUUUUAUUCAUUUUUAUUAAUGUGAAUGAGGAGACCUUAAAGUCUCACCUACUAAUGUGCUGGGUUGUUUUUUUCAUGAAUAGUUUCUAUGCAUACAAAAACCUGCAAUUUUAUCUAUAUGAGAAACGGGUGUGAAUAAUUAUUCAAUAUUUGUACUUAGUAGCUGGUAAUUUCGCUCUUUCAUUGUUUACAUUUAUGCUGGUUUGCUUGAAGCUUGUGCAUGUCUUGCAGGCAUUUAAGAGUGUCCAUUUUUGUUGCCUGUGUUUGAGUUAUUCCUUAUUUAUGAAUGCUGCAUGUCGGUGACUGUGUUACUGACAAAGUCUUUUUUCACUGCUGAACUACAGGGUCGAGAUGAGCAGCGGGGAUAGAGUCCAUUGCGGGGUUAGUUUUGUGCAAGCACUUGGGUGAGCGAGUUGUGUGAGUGUGUUUGUGUGUGCGCGAAAGACAAAAAAAAAGGGUCUUUUAUUGGAUUCGGCUGAUCGCUGUGUCAUGCUUCAUACAGAUCAGUGGAUUUACCGGCAACUUAAAGGUCCAGUGUGUAAGAAUUACUGUUCUCCUUCACUCCCACUUCUGUUGCCUAGUGUGUGUGGAUUGCAUUAUAAGUGUAAAACAAACUAAACAAGUAACCUGGCCGGUUUGUCUAUUCAGGCUGCUGUAGAAACACGGCGGAGCCAGAUGGUGGCCUCCAUUAAGUAAGACCCUCGUCUUAAGUACAUGUAAAAGGUCUACUCUAAGGCUACAAGAACCAAACCCAUUUUAUUUUAGAAGCAAUUAUACACUUAUACAAACAUCUGCCAGUUUCUGCCAAUAAAGAUGUUACACACUGGACCUUUAAAUGUGUGUAAAUCUGUCCUUUUAACAUAAGCAACAGGACAGAAUAUACAGUAAAGAAAGUUCAGUGCAACUGACAUGUUUCGACGACUGUGAUGACCAUAUUUUUUACCAUAGCUAAUUUCUACUUGUCAGGGAAAACAAAUGCUUCUGUGAUGCUUGGAGUGAAUGUGAGUGUGACGUUACCAUUCAGGGAUAAUAUUUUGUAUAUAGAUUCACAUACUUGCUGUUGCUAUACUUAUUAUUAUUGUUGUUAUUAUUAAUAUUAUCUGCCUGUCACUGUUACGUUUUCCCCCCCUUGUGCUGUCUUUACACUGAACACUGGCUGUUGUGACACUGUACCACUCUGCUGUUUUUGUAAAGUUGACACCAUUUUGUACUGUGUCACGAGGAGCCUCAAUAAAGAAUUGAGGUGCAGUAGA